GUCUUAAUGAUCAACAGUUUGUCCGACGUUACACGUGGAGUGACAAGACUCCUUUGGACUAUAUUAAUUGGAACACCAAUUCAUCUAAACAGUUCAAAGUAAAUGAAAACUGCGUGAAAAUGCAUACAAAAACAGGCCUUUGGGAGACAACACGGUGCGAUACCAGUUUGCGGUACAUGUGCAAGCGGAAAUUAGGUAGGAUACGUUAUAAUCAAAAGAUAACAUAACUUCAUCUCAGCGAACAAGUCUGCUUCCAUACUAAAGAAUGAGCUCAUAUAAGUAACGAUAAUAUCUAAAACUUGAGAAAUAAAUGAAAGUAACCAUAGAGGGGCCAGUACACCAGACGCCCAAUAUACAAAACGCAUAUCUGAGAAUGGAUGCACGUAUGAUGUGUCUCGUCAAAUCCCUAUAAUUUUAAUUAGAGUUCUCUCUUUCAGAAUGUUCCUCAGUGAUAUCUAUAAAUUCUUCAAUGGUAACAGUAACUGAUGCUUAUGGCACUCAUGGAGUAAAUAAAGCCAUUUUAACUGACGAAAAAGCGUGCGAUUCUACUUGGUGUACAAACAAUACGUCUGGGACUGCAAAAAUCAUGGUGCAAAUUGUUUAUAGUUUUACAUGCUCAUGCAGUUUAAACCAUAUCGGGCAUAUGCCACAGUUUUAAAUUGCUCUUUUCGUUAUAGGUUGAUCUUGGCGAGUUAGUCCGUGUUACAGCAAUUUCAUUUCAAGGACGAGAUUCCUACGAUAAAAUGCUUGACUUCCACCAAUUAUUUUACGUGAAGUCGUUCCGCAUUGACUACAAAAGAAAUGGACGUUGGCGACCAUACUACAUGGACGGUUAUCAUACUGUAAGUGAAAGUAUAUAAAUUCUCAAUGCUGGCAACAAUGACCCGACACGCCACUCUAUCGCUUUAUUGGCAAUGAUGUCAAUGCGCAAUGUUUCCUUAACCGCAUUAUAAAUGCAAUGUAUCGAUCCCGCCGAACAGCUGAGGGUGGAAGAUUGUUGCCCGCUGCUACGUAUACCACCUACGCAUACAAGACAAAAUGCGGAAGAGAAAUUUUUGAAAUAACGAUUUGAAAGAUCCUCUUAACUUUCAAACGUAUACAUUAGAGAGGUUAAGAUACCCCGGUUUCGGUGUACGUGUACGGGUAGCAUGAUUUUGGUUAGCAAUAUUUUCGUCGAUGUCUGUACCUUUACUCGUCAUUAAGGUGCACAUUUUUCGCAUUAUAUCAUUGUCUAUUGCAAGAAAACAGAAAAAGUGUGAUCGAAUUACAGACAUCAGUAAAACAAGAUGACACUACUCGUACCUGUACACCGAUACCGGGGUAUCUUAACCUCUCUACUGUCUAAAUUCUGUACUGUGAUUUAUACAAGGAAACAUUUGAAAUUAAUUAAAAUUUAAUUCAAACUUUCCUUCACAUAAUCACAUCGUUUAGAAUAAUCAACGCACAGUAAGUGAAACGACUGUAACCCUUUUAAUAGGCCAAUUUUGUGAAAACAAAUCUUUAACAUUUUUUCUUGCAGACGGCUUAAAACUAGGGUUGGUUAGUUUUCACAAUUUGCUUGAUUUCUAAUGUUGGAAUAUACCGUCUGCAUGAACUUGAUUUUGGCCUCACUUUGCCCUAUAACCAGGCCUGAUUCAAGAUGGCGGCCUUCAGUUGCUAUCCUAAUCCUGACAACCCUAACCCUAGAAAGUCACAACUAUACACCAUUGGCAAAAUCUCUGAACAUAUUCGCAAUGCAUGUGUGCAGUCAGUUUCUCAUCAGGUGUCAUCAGUAAUCUGUCGUGGAAAUGUUUGCUAUUAAAAUAAUAAAAACUAGAAACUUAUAUAACUGCAUUGCCCACGCGCUUGGCAAUCCUCUAAUAUGGUCAUUUUGGAAUUUUUAUGUUGCAGACAAUACUAGGAAACCAACACGGUGCUGUUGUUAACACCAAGACGUUUAAGCAUCCUAUCACAUUAGAUGGGCUAUCAAUUACACCGGUCACUUGGUUUGGGGAGCUUAUUUGUAUGAAAAUACGACUUCAUGGUUGUCCUUACGGUGAGGAAACCCAUAUUACAUUAUAAUAUUUGACAUUAUCAUCCGACAUUAAAGCAUCAUAUCACACCUUUAAUUAUAUGUAUAAAUUUUAGAAAUUUUAGAUCAAAUCUAUCUGGGAGGUCCAUGAUGUUGACUACGCAGUCAAAAUGUUUGAUGAUUAUGCAUGCAUGCAUGCGAAUUGUAUAUUUGAUACCAUUGUGAUCGGUUUUUGGUCAUUUUCUUUAAUUUGUUUUUAAUUCAAGCAUGCAUCAUGUGCUUAAUUAUUUUUCUCUAGUGUGCCAAAACCAGCUAUUGUCUGCCUUUCCUGAAAAAAUGAAAGGUGAUCUUGUUACCGCAUCAUCAGUCAAAUAUCCAAAGAAUAAACCGAGGCAAGUUGGAAUGGAUGGGCUUUCUUGGUGUGCCAAGGUAAUCAUCAGUGAUAUUUUUAUGGUUUAUCGACUCGCUCCGGACAAACCCCUUCGGGAAAUAUCAUCACUUCGGGUAAUAUUUCGCUGAAUCCCCCGAGCGGAGGGUCUAUAAAUGGUAAAUUAUCAGUACAUCUAAUUAAAAUCCUCCAAGUUGAGAAUAACCUGUCACAUAUACCUAUUUUCUAAUCAACCUUUUUCUAAAACUACAAACGUGGACAUAACGUACUUGUUAAUAAAAUUUCAAUUAACCUCUGAGGGUUUAAAUUGUAGUCUGUGGAGAAAAUAAUGCCAACAGUUGGGUGGGGAGAGAGGACAAGAAGCUAAUAAAGUUAGUUGAAUGUAUUUUUCUGAAAUUUCGAUCUAUUUUAUUAAUUAAUAUGCAAUUUUGUCCAGGAUUGUAGCAAGUAUAUUUGUUGCUUUUUAAAAUAACCUUUGAAAUAUUGAUGGUAACAGUUUUUAAAAUUUGCUUUAAGGUGGCUCCAUACAGUUCCGUAGUAUAAAUGCCUUAUUGCGUAAAAAUUUCAAUUUAUAAAUUUUAUCACUUCAUCUAUUAAUCUUAAGCAUUCCCGAGUAUAAAUUAAGUAUUUGGUAGAAAAAAAUUGCAAUGUUCUUGAACAUAAUAUUGUUUCCAUGGUAACAGUAGUCUCGCCAAAUAUGGUAUUUUUUGCUAUUUUAAGCAGGUUUUUAUUAUUUAUUUUCCGAAUAUUGCCGGUGACACCCCAUUUUUAACUGCUGUAUAGCUUUCACUUUUAAUGCUGAAUCUUAUCCCUGAAAAUAAAAAAAUUCUGUAGAUUAGAAUAGCCAGAAUAAAAAAUUGCGGAUUUAGAGUUUUCCAAUCUACAGAUUUUUUUAAAAUUUUGAUAUUCUAUUUGUUUUAAAAGAAGUUAUCGUUGUGCAAAAUUUCAUCACAUGUCACCGUGCAAAAUUUUGAAUUACGCCGUUUUAUUGUGGUAUCUCACUCGCUCGGCCGAAAGUUUUUCGAGCUCUGCAAGAUCAAUGAAUUGACAUGCGCGUACAUGUUUUCGCAGGCGCAUCUCCAGAAAAACACGCACAAAAAGUUUUUAGUCUCGUCGAAAUAUCAAAUAUAUGUUGUGUUUUCUUGCUUAGAAAUGCAAAUAUCUUUAGUUUUGCAUGCUAACUCGUGAUAACGCAAAGAAAACAGGUGAUUGUGUCGUUUGGUAUAAGAUAUGUGUGACAUGUAUGAACUUUUUGGCUUCUCUACAUAGUUUUAUAUUCGUUUACAGUCGUAACUUGUGUGUUUUGAUGUUGUUGUUGACAAGUUAAAAUAGUUUGAGCCGGCGCAUGAUGCUGUUUCACUGAAUUCCUUUGCUGUUAGCAACACGUUGAAUACAUUUACCAGUUGUAAGUCCAAAAAAAUCUGGAUAUGAACUUAUAAAUCGCCAAAUAUUGGAGUAAAAAACUUUUCGCCGGUCGGGCCGAUCGGCGAUCGCCGGUUUUCACAAGAGUUUGAACGUUGAACAUUGCAUUUUUUUACCUUAAAAUGUCUUCUAAAAAGACUAUGUCCAGGGCUAAAUCAGGACGAAGUUUGUUCUUUGAGAACAAAUGAGAACAAGGAAGACUCAAAACAUCAAAAUAAACAUGACUUGUGGUUCGGAUUUUAGACUGAAAAAGUUGUAUUUAUUUUUGCAUAUAUUUUGAAUGUUUUCGCGCGAAAACUCAAGAUUAGGUACCAGUCCCCCGAUUAUGAAAAGUGUAUGGAGCCGCCUUAAAAUAUUCAAUAAAAAAGAGCAUUCUUCAAUGUUUAAAGAAAUCUCAGUAAUUCAGUUUGCGUUGAUCGCUACGCGUGGUUUACGCGAAUCCUAUCAAGCUGGUGAAGCGAUCAAACUAUCCGUGUGAUGUGAUUGAAAUAACACGCUGCGUCAAAUACGAUGAAACAAGGCGUGGUUCGAUGAUAAAGUUAGUGCUCACGUGGCACAAACGUAGCUUUCUGAUUGGACACUUCGAAUGUAAAUAUACUUCAAACUCUAAUAAUUCAUAAUCUUAUUUGGCAAAUCAUGUCAACCAUAAUAAAUUAAUAUGUCACGUGAAGAGGCUUUAUACCUGAUAAAACUCAUCUUCAUUAGUAUUUUUUAUAUAAAAGUCCAUCCUAAUUAGUAUUCUUGAUAUAAAGAAUACUAAUGAAACGGCAUCUAUUGCAGUCGUGUUUGAAGCUAUUCAAAACACUUGUAGUCUUGUUUUACCAUAUCUAAAAUGCUCGUGCUGCACACUCGCUUAAAGUAUAAUAAAACACUCGUACGUUUUUUUUCAAUAGUACUUACAAUAACAAACUCCUUAUGGCAGGUAAAGAGUCUGUUAUUGUAAGUAUACUAUUUAAAACACGCUAAGUUUACGUUUAGAUCUUCCCUGGCUGACUGUUUUGACUUGGGACCAAGGCAUGAACCAAGCUCGAUAAAAUUACAACGAGUAACAUCUCCUUGCAUAUCUCGUGAAAUAAUACAAUCUAAUUUUUUUAUUUAGGUGAACGACAAGAAACAGUGGGUUCAGUUUUAUUUCAAUGACGUAACUCUCAUUUCAAGCAUAGUAAUAGCUGGAAAUAAAAUAGAUAGUUUUGUGAAGACGUACUUCAUUCGGUACAGUGCUGAUGGUACUACUUGGGACGAUUAUAAACAAUAUGGAAUUACGAGGGUAUGUAUCUGCAUGAUAACCUUAUGGUAGAGGCCUUAAGCAAGCGACGGUUUCCACAACACAGAUGUCACGCCUACACAAUUUAGCCGUUAAUAAUGGCGUUAGAUACAGUUUCGCCAAACAAGAACAGCUGUCGCCAUCUAUAUAAUGGCUUCAUUGAUUUCCGGUCGACGUUCGUGAAUCAAGAACGUUAACGUCGUUUGCUUAAUCAAGCUCUCUUUUGCUACCUUUUUUUUAAUACGGAUUGCGAAAUGUUAUUACGAAUUAACUAAAAAGGUAAACAAGCACUUGCGUUUCUUAAAAACUGCACCACACGGAUAAUACAUGUAUACGGGCAAAAAGUACUGAGUAAGUACAGGCAAAAACGCAACCAUAUUUUCAAACAUCGCAUGGAAUACUGGGAAAAAACGUGAAAUCCAUACUAUUAAAUUUGCAAUUGCACCACUAAAUCCAUAUAUCCAUCUAUUACGAUACUAUGUCCAUAGUAUGGAAAAAUAUACAAUUAUUAUGCAUGGAUAAUCAAAAUCCAUUCUAUUUCCAUUAAAGGUCCAUAUAAUGCCCAUUCUACAGCUAUGACCUUCUAUGGAUUUUCAAAAUUUUUCCAGUGGAAUUUAAACGACUCAGUGAUGUUUUAUCAGUGUUCUUGAAUAACAGGACUAAGAAUUUUCUCACAUUUUAGCCGUUCAACCAUUUUUACCGUCGAACGUUAACGCCGCUUGCUUAAAGUGGAAGUCAAGUCCGUUCUGCGCAUCGGUUCUGCUCAUAACAAUGUGAGGACCCUCUGAUGUAAACAUUGCCCAAAUUUCGAGUGUUUCGAAUUUUUCUGAACAUAAACUCUAUUUCAUAUUCGUUUCGAAGCAUAGCGAACCAAAAUAGUGUUAGAUAUUCAGGCAGUACAUCAUAUUUUAAUAAAAUACAGCAGUUCAAAAUGUAAACAAACCGUUUGUUUACAUACGGACUUAACUUCCAUGCACUUUAAUCAAGCUCUCUUUUGCCACCAUGCAUCCUCAUGCCGCUUAAUAUAAGUAAUCACGUUAGCAUGUUACGUUGUUGAAAUCAAUGGGCAGAUAUUGCAAAAAGAAUUAAUAAGCAAACUAAUUUGUUCCUUCUCUCAGAAUUAUUUAAAGCAAAGCAGUGCAAAGCAAGGCAACGCAACGCAAAGCACAGCACAGCAAAGCAAAUAAAAGCAAAGCAAAGCAAAGCAAGGAAAUGAAAUGAAGUGAAAUGAAAUGAAUGGAAAUUAAAGGAAAGGAAAGGAAAUAUCUGCUGAUGAAAAUAACUACUUGUUUUAGAUUUUCCGAGGUAAUCACCAUCCUCUUCACGGUGUGACGCACACUCUAAUCAAUCCGAUCGAAGCUUCCUAUCUCCGAAUAAUCCCAGUCACCUGGAAUGACAAUAUAUGCAUGAGGAUUUCGUUACUUGGAUGUAAAGCAGGUGUGAUUUUAAAGUAAUAGUUUUAAAUUAUUACUUAGUUUUUUUUACAGUGAUAAUUUUAUCAUUAAGUGUAAUGCAAUCAUGCAGUAUAUUUGUACAUAUAAUGCUCGUUUCCAUAUUUUCUGGUUUUUUCAAAACUCCUAAUUAAGGAAAUAUCAAAACUACUAAGCUUGGAGUGUUUUAUUGUUUUUAAUUAGACUUAUAAAUUGUAUUUUUAAUUAGCUUGAUUUUAUGUUGUUUCCAAUAAUAUAAUCUUUUUGUAAAAACACAAGAUCAUUCUAAAAAAUAAAAUAUUUAAAUAAUCUAUUUUAAGGAGUUGAAAUCGUUCCAACAACACUGCCUCGAACAUUGCCACUGCAGCCAACUACACGUGAGUAUUCUUCCAAUUUUAUAAAAUAUAUAUACAAAGUACAAAACAAAACAUUCGUAUGUUAGACUUGUGCUGUAUGUACUUUAAUUAUAUUUUUAUUUAUAGAUGGCAACACAGACGUCAUUGCUAAAACCGAAGGUGACUGGGUUUUGCUUAAAAAUUUAUAGUAAAUUAUUUGGAAUAGUGUAAUUAGACUUUCUUAGGAAAUGCGAUCAGGCUCUGUACGUCAUUUUUGGAUGGCAAACAGCAUGGAGACUGUCAGACUGUGAACAGCAACAAGUGAAGGAGUGGAAUUGGUGUGAAGUUAAAACACAGUACUAUGUUUAUAACUACUAAUUAGUUCAUUAAAUCAAUUUUUCGCUUAUUUUUAUUCUCUGUUGUUGUACCGUUUGCCAUCCAAAACUGCAUUGCAUGCGGCGUGGCAUGAGAGAAACUAAUUCACCUAAUUGAUUGAUUUACACAGUUAGUAAUAUUUUAUUUUAUUGUUCAUAUGGUACAUUUGAGUUGAAUCAAAAAGGCUUGUUGAUUUGACUGUCGUGCGCGAAGUAUGGCUAAUAUUGGAAGACUAAAUCUAAGGCUACCUUAUCACAAAACAAGAUUCCACUUGCUCACUGAGGUAUUCGUAUGAUUAGCUGACCUCAAAUUCGUUCAGUGCCAUGCGUCACGUGCGAAAGCGAAACUGGUAGAAAUUAGUUGAGUAUAUUUUCAAAUUAACUAUCUUUCAAAUAAAGAAUGGGGAAUUCGGGAAGUGCACGGGGGCACCAUGUAGUCGGGAAACUGGGAGGUAGGGGAACUGGGGAAUGGGGAAAACACAGAGUGGGACAAAUAUGGGCAUUGGAAUAGAGAGAUCGAGUGCAGCAAGUAUGGAAUUGGGGAGUGGUGCAACAAGAAAGUGAAAACUUGCAGAACCGUGAUGGAAUUGGGGAAUUGGGCAAGGAGAUAGGGGAUGGGAAAUAUGGGAGUAAAGGCUAACCGAAGGAGCUGAGAGAAGAAGGGCGAAAAAGGAAUGGUGAUCUGGGGGACGAGGAAUGCGGAAGCAGGCUAUGAGGAUCUGAACAAAAAUUGAAAAUUGAAUAGGCAUCGAAAGAAACUUAGAAUAAGAAAUAAGGGAAAUAUAGGAAAUAAUCUUCUUGCUGUUUCACUGCUUGUUGGAAAACAUAUUAUAGCAUAGGCAGUCACAAAUUCUUGAUAAUAAAUUAAGUAACAUAUUGUACUACAUUCCCAUCAAAAAAAUGGACCAGCAAAAGCUAUUCCAGAUUUAUCCAAGACAAAGCACUCAAGUAAAUAAACAUAGCUCGGAAUUUUAGGUACAUUAGUAUUUUUAACCAGUAUACUGUAAUUGUCUGUAUUACUACCUUUUCGCUUUUUCUCUGCUCAUGCCUGUGUCCUUCCACCUAUCUAUCUAUUAUAAAACUAGAAAUAUAAGCAUGCAGAAAUCCACCACCUUGCUGGCAAAAAUACAGACUAUAUUUUCCGAACAUGGAGUAUUUGAAGUAGUUGUAUUAAUUAGAAAAUUACCAGGUAUGCUAUUAUACGUAAUAGAACUUUUAAAAUAUUCUUAAAACUAAACUGCCUUUUAUCGAUAAACUUUAAUUUUGAAAUAAAAUAAUUUCAAAUCCUCGCAUGAAAAUAACUUUGCUUUCCUCCUUUUCCUCUCCCCAAUUUCCUACUCCUUUAUUCCAAACUUUCUGCACUCCCCGUGCUAUAUUGCCAGCUUCCAACACUUCCCACUGUAUUUCUCCCCCUUUCUGUUUCUCCAAUCUCCAGUUCCCCUAUACUAGCUUCCAAGUUCCCGUAUUUUCUGUUGCCGCCGAAUCUCUACUUAAUUUAAAGGUAGCUGCUCCGACUCAUCCGGUCCCGUGAGAACGGUGCUUAGCAGGAAAUAGAAAGUUUCUUCAUUAUUCAAAGUUUCUUUAUUUUCAGACAACUCCGAUGGCUUAUCAAAUGGUGCUGUUGCGGGUCUUGUUAUUGCAAUUCUGUUGUUACUUGCUCUGGUUAUUGCCGUUUCUGUGUUUUUCUUCCUUAAAAAACGGGCGAAUUCUAAAUUGGUUGAAUACCCUAGUGCAUAUUCCAAAGCUAUACUGAACGAUGAAGAUAAACUUUAAAAUCUAAAUAUGUGGCUAUAUAAAUGAAAUCUGUUUUCUAAAUACUUGCAUGCAUGGUUUUGGCAACUAUAAUAUAUACGUUUUAGAGUAGGCAAGUGGGCGUUCUCUUUAUGUAACUUGCAUUUAUAUAAAACUAUUGAUAUAUACUUUUGAAAUAUAAUUUCCACAAUUUGAAGAAAUUAGAUUGUCGGUGUUGCCUCGUUAAGUGAUUCUAGAAGGCAUGCUCUUGGUG